AUGGCAGGUUAUCAGGCGCCGGAAGACGCGAUUGAAGUAGACGAGCCAUGGGACCAAGAAAGCCUUGACGAUGAGGCCGACGAUGAGGCCGCUGAACUGUCGAGUUCCGGGAGCUCGUUGACUUCGCUCACAUCUUCGAUGCUCAAAGGCAAAGUUGAGGAUGGGCGGGUCUAUGCCGUGUACGGCAAAGAAGAAUACGGAAUGCCGAUGGACGACGUUGAGCUGGAUCGAAUCGACAUGUGCCACGCCAAGUACUAUGCGCUGCUCGAGAAGAAACGCUUCCUCGCCCCAAUAGGGGAUAACCCUCAGAGGAUACUAGAUCUGGGCUGCGGAACCGGCAUAUGGUCGAUAGACAUCGCGGAUAUGUAUCCUUCCGCCGAUGUUUUGGGAGUUGACAUUGCACCAACACAACCAGAAUGGGUCCCGUCAAACUGCCAUUUCGAACUGGACGAUGUCGAGGAGGACUGGGCUUGGAAGGAGGACUCGUUCGACUUCAUCUUCGCGCGCGACCUCAUCCUUGCCAUUCGGGACUGGCCCAGGCUCAUUGACCAAAUAUACACACACCUUAAGCCCGGUGGUUACGCCGAAUUCCAGUGCGUGACGGGUGUUCUAGGCUGCGACGACGACUCGCUUCCAGAGGAUAGCCCGGUGGGCAAGUUCUCGGAUGCGCUGUAUGACAGCACACACAUCUUCGGCACACCCGUCGAUGACCCGACCCGGUGGAAGGGCUGGCUUGAGCAGCGCGGCUUCGAGCAUGUCACCGAGGUGGUCUACAAGAUGCCAUGCAACCCGUGGCCCAAAGACCAGCGUCUCAAGCUCGUCGGUGCUUUUGAAAUGGAGAACCUCCUGCAGGGAUUGAGCGGGAUGGUGACGAGGCUCUUUGUCAAGGCGCUCAAUUGGACGCCCGAGCAGGUGCAGCUGUUCCUGGUUGACGUGAGGAGGGAGAUCAAAAACCGGAAUUUGCAUGUCUAUUGGCCGUUCUACGUCGUAUACGCGCGGAAACCAGGCGGGUCCUCCAACGCUGACACGGCGGUAUCAACAUCUCCGCCUGAAUCGUCAACAACAUAA